CGGCGCGGCCCGCGGAGCUGUCACUACCACAUGAAGAUGUGGCCAUCGCGGGUUAUGUAACACGGAGCAGGACCCGCGGGUUUCAUGUCUGAGGCCGGGGCCACGCGCGCUCAUGUGCGGGCUAAGCUUUAGGACCAGGAAUAGCCCUUCGCAGAAGACCUCCCUCCGAUGGGGCGACAGCUGCCUGAGCUCGGUCCGCUCGCGCGUACCUCGUGAAUAACAUAGUGAAUUUAUAUAUUUUAUGAUGAAUAUAUUUUUCUUCGUAAACUAAGGGACUAUAAGUGUGAGGGAGGAUCGAGGGUCUUUUCUGAACUGACAAGAACUAACAAACCGGCAAGAUGAUCAACAUAGCGGGCGUGAUCUCGAUAAUACUGUUCUACGUGCUGAUCCUGGCGGUGGGGAUAUGGGCGGGGCGGAAGAAGCCCGCGGGCAACGACUCCGAGGAGGAGGUGAUGCUGGCCGGCCGCUCCAUCGGCCUCUUCGUCGGGAUAUUCACUAUGACAGCGACGUGGGUGGGCGGCGGCUACAUCAACGGCACGGCGGAGGCGAUCUACACGUCGGGGCUGGUGUGGUGCCAGGCACCCUUCGGCUAUGCGCUCUCCCUGGUCUUCGGAGGGAUAUUCUUCGCAAAUCCCAUGCGCAAGCAGGGCUACGUGACCAUGCUGGACCCGCUGCAGGACUCGUUCGGCAGCCGCAUGGGCGGGCUGCUGUUCCUGCCCGCGCUGUGCGGGGAGGUGUUCUGGGCGGCGGGCAUCCUGGCUGCGUUGGGUGCUACCCUGGCCGUGAUCAUCGACAUGGACCACCGCACGUCUGUGAUCUUCAGCGCGUGCGUGGCGGUGUUCUACACGCUGUUCGGCGGCCUGUACUCCGUCGCCUACACUGACGUCAUACAGCUCUUCUGCAUCUUUAUAGGGCUCUGGAUGUGUAUCCCGUUCGCGUGGGCCAACGAUCACGUGAAGCCGCUCAGCUCCAUGGAGAUGGACUGGAUCGGGAAGGUGGACCCGGAGUACUACUGGUUCUACGUUGACUACGGCCUACUCCUGGUGUUCGGGGGCAUACCUUGGCAGGUAUACUUCCAACGCGUGCUGAGCAGCAAGACCGCUGGGCGGGCGCAGGUGCUAUCGUACGUGGCGGCCAUCGGCUGUAUCUUCAUGGCCAUCCCGCCCGUCCUCAUCGGCGCCAUCGCCAAGGGAACUGCGUGGAACGAGACGGACUUCAAAGGCCCGCUGACGCCUGACGGCGAGCUGACGUCGGACCAGACGUCGAUGAUCCUGCCGCUGGUGCUGCAGCACCUGACGCCGGACUUCGUGUCGUUCUUCGGCCUCGGAGCCGUGUCGGCCGCCGUCAUGAGCUCGGCCGACUCCAGCGUGCUCAGCGCCUCGUCUAUGUUCGCCAGGAACGUGUACAAGCUGAUCUUCCGUCAGAACGCGUCGGAGAUGGAGAUAAUCUGGGUGAUGAGGGUGGCCAUCCUCGUCGUGGGGGUACUGUCCACCAUCAUGGCGCUCACCAUACCCUCCAUAUACGGCCUUUGGUCGAUGUGCUCAGACCUGGUGUACGUCAUCCUAUUCCCGCAACUGCUGAUGGUGGUCCACUUCAAGAAGUACUGCAACACGUACGGUUCCCUGGCGGCGUACAUCGUGGCGCUGCUGGUGCGGCUGUCGGGUGGGGAGAAGCUGCUGGGUCUACCGGCGCUGAUCCACUACCCUGGCUGGGACGCCGAGAACGAAGUCCAGCUGUUCCCGUUCCGAACGCUGGCGAUGACGCUCUCGCUGUUCACGUUGGCCUUCAUAUCGUGGCUCUCAGUGUUCUUAUUCAACUCGGGCUACCUCAGCCCCGAGUCGGACUACUUCAACUGCGUGGUGAACAUACCGGAGGACAUCCGGCGCGUGGACGAGCCCUCGGAGGUCGGCGAGCAAAUGUCCGUGCUGAGCGGAGUGCCCGGCAGAUUGUACGGCGCGGCCUCCACCCUGGUCGGACCCGACGAGAAGUCCGGCCGGAUCAAUCCGGCUUUAGAAGACGACGAUGACCUCGAUGAUCCGAACGACGGACCCACUCCGUUAUUCGGCACAAGCAACGCCCCCCCGCCGGUCCAGCCGUUCGGCAAGCAGACGGCCUUCUGAGACGACUACUACUACUACUAGUUCGGUUAGUUCAGUGUUAGUUUCAGGACUUAUAGCUCAAACGACAUCAGCCUUCCGACAGCACUUCGACGGCACCUGUUGAUCUACUAGCCCAAGCAUGGACGAUUUGCGCAUAAGUACUCGUUGCGAAUUGGAAUAGAAGUUGUAGAAAAUUCUGCCGAAAUUCUUUUGAAGCUACGAAGCCUUUUCGCGAGUCGUCCGUGCUCUUGCUACACCACACAGCGGUACGUUGAGAGAACGAAGUAAGCAAUAUUAUUUUUGACAUAGUCUAAGAGAAGUUUAUUUUGUAGAGUAAUUAAAUUAACGAGAAUACUUAAUGAUAAUGAAACUCAUACAUAUCAAAUUGUGAAGUUCUUUGAUAGAUAUAAUGAUAUACAUCGUUUAUAAUGAUUCCUUAUUUAUGUCAAUUACUGUAGACGAAAGCAUACUUGAGUGCCACUUGGUGUAAAACUUUGGCCGGCUCUGCUGGGACUGUUUUGGUCCGCAUUCCUCUUCGUAAGGUAAUUGAAUAAUUUUCAAAAUUAUUCAAUUACAUUAAGACUAUUUCAUAAAACUGAAAGAACUCAAAGGUUUUACAUGUUUAGGGUUUACUUUAUUAUGAUAGAGAAAUGCUGUAAUAAAAUAAAAUCGAGCUAUCAAUAUAUUGUCAUAAUAUUGUUAAUAAUAUACCUAGCAUUAUCGAGAAAUAUACUGGAUAUUCCUGCAUUUAUCAAAAAGAGGAAACAUUUUAUAUUGUUUUAAAUAAAACACUUCAAAUUAACGCAGCUUGCAGCUUUUUACGACAAUGCAAAAAUAUUUAAUCGUCAAAUGCGAAGAGGUUUUCGACCAAUACAGUUUCAGAGGACCUGGCGUUGAAUGUCUGUUUAUAUGCGGCACAAUAUCAAAAAGCGGGUUCUAGGCAUAUAGAGCAUAGUUUUGCGGACUUCUGUUGUAUACCAUCUAGAGACCCGUCGAGAAGACAUCUCUCUCUCAUGAAGUCUCUACACGAGAGAAGAUACGAGACCUUGUCCACGUCCUCGUUUCUCGAUAUUUCUCGGUGGGAAUCUGGAUGGGCCUUUAAGUCACGCGCGAACGGAAGACAAAGUUGUCUCUGUUAUCCACCAAAUGUAUUUCCAUUACCGAUUUUAUGUUACGUAAAAUUGACUACUUCUCUACAAAACACUGUCUUUUUCUUUAGUGGUUAAGGAUUUGAGGAUUAGCCGCAGCCCGCAGCCGCUAUUUUGCACAUGCUAAUGGUAAAAACGGAAUGCAAAUAGUGGAUGAUAGAAACAAUUUAGUCGGCCGUCCGCGUCAUGCUUUAGUUCAGUAGGUCCUGUGAGUAUUACUGUCUCACAACUAGCGUACAAUUUAGUGGCUGUCAUAGUUUUUAUCGCUUUUUAUAGUUUAUUAACGAUAUAUUAUUGAGUUGUUAUCUUUUGUGUGGAAUUUAACUAUGUUGAACGCUUCCAUCUUUAGGGUACGACAAAUAUUUUUCAGAUACCUUAUUAUCUGCUGAUAUAAAACGUAUUUUAUCGUUGUUCGUUCGAGAGAUUUAUAUAAUAACGAAUAUUUUCUAUGGAAAUAUAUUGAAAUAUCUAUUUAUCUCGUAGUUAAAAAGUUUAUAUGGGAAUGUACUCAUUUAAAAGGCCCGAACGCACUUAGUGCCGGUCUGCCUCCUGCCAGCUAUUUGCACGAACGAAUAGAUGAAAAGACCUAUUUGCAUAGAAUAAAUAGCUCGACUAUUCGACAGAAAUGGCUCAACGUAGGCAGACGAUUACGAUUUUUAAAUUCGCACUCGCUCGCUACCGGCGGCAACGAUGAAAUCGCACAGUUGCUCUCAAACGCAAACUCUAAAAUUACCAUUAAAUAUAGACGGUCUUACUACAAAAGAU